AGUGCACAAAAACUUUCACACACUUCGCAACUCUUGGGACCCAUGGGAGAAUGUACUCAUCUACAAUGAGGACUCUGAACUAACAGGAAGAACGGGUGUCUUCUGUCGGGAGUGGAGAAGGAUUAACAAUGUUGGGAAAGAAACCUUUAUCAGUUGUCCUGAUAGCAGUAACUGUGGGGGUAUACCUCAUACCCUCUCCUAUUGACCCUGAACCACACACACUAGAAGGGCCCCCUCCUGCCCUUGAGGGCCCCUUGGCUGUAAAUAACCGCCUACAAAAGGGCCGCAGACUGUUCACUGGAAAACUACAUGGACCAGAGUCCUUCACUGCUGAUGAAAAUGGUAACGUUUACACAGGAACCGUGGAUGGGAAGCUGUGGAGGAUUGGCCAGGAUGACAGCCUCACUCUCAUCACCCAUAUGGGCCAGGACAUCCCAGAGUGUGGCAGCAGUAGUGACUACGAGCCGGUGUGUGGCCGUCCCCAUGGCGUCAGGUUGGACAGUCAGGGCCAGCUGAUUGUGGCUGACUCCUACCUGGGCCUGCACAGUGUGGACCCCCAGAAUGGACACAAGACUCUGCUGCUGUCCAACGCCCAAGGUGCUGACAGUGUCCCAUUCGCUUUCCUCAACGGUCUGGACAUCUCCUCCCAGACGGGAACCAUCUACUUCACCGAGUCCUCCAGUCGCUGGGGUCGCAGACACGUCAAACUGGAGGUGAUCGAGCUGAACCGAUUGGGUCGCCUCCUGGCCUAUGAGCCGGGGUCUGGAAGCGUGCGUGUGCUGCUGGACUCUCUCUACAUGCCCAACGGCAUAGCGCUGUCUCCUGACGAGGACUUCCUGUUGCUGGCCGAAACCAGCCUGGGACGUAUCCUCAGGUACUGGCUGAAGGGGCCCAAGGCUGGCAGAAAGGAAGUGGUCAUGAGCAAUAUGAUUGGUUACCCAGACAACAUUCGCCGUAGUGACCAUGGAACCUUCCUGGUUGGCAUCACAACCACCCGGUUUCCACGGCUACUGCCUCCGUUCCUUGACAUGAUUGCCCCCUACCCGGCCGUCAAGCGCUUCCUGGCCAAGGUGGUUCCUCUGAGCUGGUACAAUGUUCUGCUGCCAUCCUACGGCCUGGUUUUGGAGCUGGGACCGGACGCUCAGCUGGUGGGCACCCUCCAUGACCCGGACGGAAGCCUCACCUGGGCCGUCAGCGACGCGUUCCAGCACCGCGGGAGGGUCUACUUGGGGAGCACCGACCUGCCUUUUCUGCCUGUCCUGGAGGAGUGGAGCUAGCCUAGCCUUGCCUCUGGGCAGCAGGGAGAAGUUGACUUGAAAUGUUAUGGUUGGGGAUCAAAUGUCAUAACCCUGAAUGGUGGGAGGGUUUUCUGGAUCUGGGAUAACUUGAGGAACUUUACUAGAAGGUAGAGACGAUGGACUUGGAUCUUUCAGUGAUUCAGGAAAUAAUUUAGUCAGAGCCUCCUGCACUGUUAGGGUAAAGGAUAAGCACAUAUGAUUUUUACACUGUGACAUGGAGGAGCACAACAGCUAUUUAAUAUUCAAGAAUAUAACUCGGAAAUGUCUUCAUGAACAUUUGACCAGAGGUUGGCCUAAGACUGGGGUUUGCAACCCCAUCCCUGCGGAACUACCUUCCUCAGAAUUAACCUGAGUCAACACAUCAACCGGCUAAUUUUUAGAAUUGGAUGAACUAGACUGGGUUGAAGUGAAAACCUGCAGAAAGGUAUAUUUCCAAGAACAGGGUUGGAGACUCCUAGUCUAAGAGCUGGGUUGGUGAGUUUCUGCCCAUUGGUCUGGAAUGCCAGUAUCUUGACAGCAAUUUGGAAUGGUUUUUUGUCCCACAAGUGUUUGUGCCAACACUUUGGCAUGGUGUAGCUGAUGUUUUAACCGUGGAUUCAAUUACAGAUACUCAUCUUUUCCCACACUUCCUGCUGUUAGGGGUGGACAUGCCAGCAAUUUUACUGGAGAAAUUGCCUCUUAUCUGAUGUCAUACUUUGGACUUUCAUAACACUGUUGCCUAUUCUUUGACACGAUGAAAUGCUUGGAGUUGAAUUUGAAUGAAAUAACAUGUUUUUACAUUAAAUAACAUUCACCCUGCUUUUCUAAGCAGGCUGGUGAAAUUGGUUCAUUGUUUUCCAUUGUCUUCUCUGGCUGAGACCAUAGUGUCAGAUGAUGUACCCAUUAACCAAUGGGGGCAGCAGUCUUAAGUGUAAUAGGUAUCAAACUGGCUAUAAAGUUUCCUGACUUGGUCACCAACCGACAAAUUAAUUCAUAU